ACUAGCAAUUAUUUUAUUUCUUCCACCACAUUCCAAUCUUAAUCUUGUACUGUUAGAACUUCGACAAAAUAAAUUCAUCGAUUCGAUUUGUCGAAAAGAAUUGAUGAAGAUGAAGCAAAUAGAGCAGGGGAGUUCACUGCUGCCGCCACCCCCACCGCCUCCACUUCCAAGGUUCUGGGCUAAUAAGGCUGUUACGGAGAGCGUGACAAAGCGAGAAAUCGCGAGGUUCUGGUAUCGGAAGCGUAUUGAGGAAGAGGAGCAUCUCCUUGCCGCUAUCAAGGCUGCAGCACGUAUUCGAGCCCGCAAGCUCUCGGAGGAAGAUUACAGACGUUUCGAGGAGUCCUUGAACGACGAUGACAAAAAUGAGAACGACAGAUCUUCUGCUACUAAUGACAGUAACAACGAAAUUCGUGUUGGAAUCAAGGACUGGUGGACGAAAAGCAAGUACGCAUACUUGAACCAACCCGCCGUGGCGUCCUCCGUGGAUCCCCCGAAAAGGCGGACGUCCACAUUUGUUCCGAAUUGUUUCGCUUAUAAGCCGGCGCCGCUCUACCCUACUUCUCUUGGUGUGUUUUAGACCGGCUGAUCAUCAUCAGUCGCUUCAGUUGACUGGACUGAAUAUUGUUUGUGAAGUUUUUGUGUUGCCAAAUAUAUAGACGAUUUAAUUCCAUUUGGAAUAAGUAAAGGUUUGCAGCCUUUGCAAGCAUUAGUUUCUGCACAGAAUUAAUCAUCUGCAGGUCAUGUAUAUGUUUCUGCUUUCUGUUCAGAACGAUGAAAUGUUUGUAUUUCUGAAUAUUUAAUAAAUUAAUUGGAACAAUGGAAAAUACUUUCGGUGUGGA